CCGGUGGUUAUAAGCUGUUUUUAGCCAGCUGUCUCACCACAGUGCGUUUGGAGCAAGGAGACAGGCCGUGUCCACCUUAGCGUGUAAAGAGAAGCAUUUGGCUCUGAGUAUCCACGGUACACACAGUGUGCGUUCACGGUGACCGGCUGCGGUCUGAUUUUUACGGGCUGAAUUCUCAUCAGGGCACAUGAGGUGUGCCUGCAGACCACCUUAAUCAACUCAAUUUGAUCCCAAAUAGGUGCAGUUUGUGUAGCUUGCACAGUCAGCGAGAGUGAGUGGAAGUAUUACUUCAGAAGCUCCUGGUCCGAGCUGUGCACAGGUGUGGGUACACCAACCUCUUGCCCACCUGGUACCUGGGGAAUGUGGGAAAGGGAAGAGGUCUGGGGAGCUGUGAUAUAGCAGCAUGGAUGAGGGCAGUACACAGACAGGACACGACUUGUUGAGCAGUGAGGCUUGGGGAAACCUAGUUUCCCAUCCUCAUAGAAGUGCCAUUCAGGUUUUCAUGUGAUCAGUUAGUGCAACAUGUAUAUAUUCUAAACAAGAGAUAUAUUCAUUAUGACCCCUUUCUUUAAGCUAUUUGCCUAAGCUCUCUUUAAUGGAGGGAAAAACUCCUGAAGCAUUUUUCAAUGUGAUCUAGAGUGGAUGAAAAAUGAGACAAAUCCACCCUGGCUUUCUGUGUCAUGGGUACCAGUGUAAAGCUUUAGCAGUAGAUCAUUUUUAUGCUUUUGAAGGAGGCUGUUAGCUGUGUGGUGUAGACAGCAGUCAUCAAUCCCUUUUGCUAAUCUGUUCAGAGAAUGUUUUUAAAAUUCAGAUUUCAUCUUGUGCUGUAAAUCACCUGCCUUGUGAUUGUGAAAAAUGCCCAAGAUCAGACACAUCUCAGCUUACCUCACUCAUGGCCUAUGCAUGUUAUUGGCACUAUUUUGCACUGCCCACUAAUCCUGGUGAGCAGUUCUUCAUGUUCUGCACUCUUGCCGCUUGGCUGAUCACUAAAGCAGGACGUCACUUUGAACAGCCUCAAGAGUAUGAUGACCCCAAUGCAAUAAUAUCAAAGAUACUCUCGGAAGUGCGAUCAUUUGGAAGGCCUGUGGAUUUUCCUCCCUCAAAAUUAAAGGCGGGUUAUGGAGAGCAAGCAUGUUAUGUUCUUGAUUGUUUAGCUGAAGAAGCCUUGAAAUACAGUGGCUUUAGCUGGAAAAGGCCGGUGUAUCCAACAGAUGAGCUAGAAGAAGAAGAAAUAACAGAAGAGGAUACGGAAUUAACACUUAAUAAACUGGAAGACGAUGUUGCAGAAGAAGAGUCAGAUAAUGAAGAAAACUUUAUUGACCUGAAUGUUCUAAAGGCACAAACAUACAGAUCGGAUGUGAAAGACUCCACAAAACAAGAAGAAAUCUUACAGUCCACAACAGAUGCAGCAGAGUGGAAUCUGGAAGUGGAACGUGUGCUUCCACAGCUGAAAGUUACAGUCAGAACUGACAAUAAGGAUUGGAGGAUCCAUGUAGAUCAAAUGCAUCAGCAUAAGAAUGGAAUCGAAUCUUCUUUGAAAGAAACUAGGGGUUACCUUGACAAAUUCCAUAAUGAAAUCAGCCGAACAUUGGAAAAGAUCAAUAGCAGGGAAAAGUACAUCAACAAUCAGUUGGAGCAUUUGGUUCAAGAAUACCGUUCAGCACAAGCCUUGCUGAGUGAGGCUAAGGAGAAGUACCAGGAGGGAAGUGGAGGAGUAACUGAAAGGAUUAGAGUACUUUCUGAGAUUACAGAAGUUUUAGAGAAAGUAAAGCAGGAAACAGAAGAGAAAGGAAGCAGUAUGACUGAUGGCACUCCUCUGGUGAGGAUUAAACAGGCCUUAACAAAAUUGAAGCAAGAAACCAUUCAGAUGGACAUUCAAAUUGGUGUAAUGGAACACACAUUGCUCCAGUCAAAGCUUAAGGAGAAAUCCAAUAUGACUACAGAUAUGCAUGCAACAAUGAUUCCAGAAGCCACAAUAGGUGCCUACUGAAAUUGUUUGGAGCUAACUUGGUUUGCCCAAAAUAAAGUUUUCUACCAUUUGCUUUUUUGGUA